ACGAAUCAUGGAUCCGGAGGAAAAUCCCAUCUCGACCAGUGUCCAGGCAGAUGAAUUCAAUGAGCUGAUUGUGGAUCAGUCGGGGGUGCUGGAAAAGGAUCAUCCAUUGUUGGAGCGUUUCCAGCAGGCUCUUACAGCGCAUUUGCUUCGUGUGAAGGAUCAACUGGAAGGGGAAAUUGCCGAUUUGGACCACCGAUUGGAGCAGAACGAAAAAGAAUCUGAAGAGGUGGGAGCAAGGCUUUAUGAUCUUCAGGAGGAAAUUGACAGUCAGAAGGAACUCCUGGAUAUCUAUGGGAAGGAAAUUAUAGAGGUUUCCGCUAGAAGACAGGCCGAAGAGCAGAGAGCUGCCGGUUAUAAGAAGGAUUACGAUGAAAAGAACCAUAAAUUAAAAGAGAUCAAAAGAAUCCACAACGAACAUCUGCAGGAGUUGGAUAACUUGACGGUGUUGGAAAGUGAGUUCUCCAAGUGGGAUAAGGAAAUCAAGGAUGAGAUUGCUGUCGCGAAAAGGGUGGCCAGCAAAGACGCUAAAGAUCAACUAGCCGCUGCGGAAGAGAAGCGCCAGAUGGACUUGCUGGUUUUUAAUUUGGACAUGGAGGUACGCAAAAAGGAACGCGAACUGGCGGGGAUCGAAGAACAAAUGAAGGAACAAAAGGGUGCCACUGAGAUAAUCAACCGUAGUUUGGCGGAUGCAAAUUCCGACUUGGAGGCUCUUCAGCAUGAGCAUAAGCGUUUGUUUCAAGCUUGGGGAGAGGUCAUCGUUGCUAUUCAACAGCGGGACAAAGUUUUGGCCAAAACAAAGGAUGAAUUAGAGAACGUUUAUGAAGAGCACAAAGUAAUCAAGAGCCAGACAGAUAUCACAAAGAAGACUGCUGCUAGAGAAAUGGAACAAAACGAAGAGUUAUCGGGAUUUAAAUACAGAAUUCAAGGCGAUAUCAAUGCAUUGGAGAAACAAGUUGCCAAGGAGCAAGAAGAAGAGGACAAGCUAACGCGAGAGUUGGAUCAUUACGCUUCAAUUCUGGAGCAAACGGAAGCGGACAUGCUAAAGGCUCAGCAAGAAGGCGUCCUAAUUGAAAAUCACUUGAAAUCGCUUCGACAGACGUUGAACAAACAAAAUCAAAAAAAGUUUGAACUUGAGGAGCAAGUCUUGGAACUACUGCAAGAUCAAAUUACCACGGACAAAGCAGGUGAGUCUCAGGGUAAAUCUUUGAGAAGUACGCAGGAGAAGAGAAGGGAGCUGGAAAUUGCUAUGUCGGAUACGGAAAAUCAACUGUCGAUAGUUUUGCUAAGUUUAGAGAAGUGGCGCGGAAUUGUUGAAAAGUCGAAAGGGGAAGUUCAAAAAAUAAAGAAAGAGCACGAAUCGAUGGAUAGCGAAGCUAAAAAAUAUGACGAUGAGAUUAAAAAGAUAAAGGAUAUUGUUUCCACUAAACUGCGAAAGCUUGAUACUCUCAAUAGAGAACUGGAACAGUUGAUCGUUCAAGCUGGAGGGCAUGAGUUAAAUCCCGAUGAACUGAAGCUACUAGAUGUUCGCCAUGACAUUACCGAAUUAGAUGCAAAGAUUAAAGAAUCUCAGGAAGCUUGGUUGAAGUUGCAAAACAGUGUCGUUAAUUUGUCUGAAAAACGUGUCCAGCAGCUGAACGAAAUCAAUUAUUCUAGGAAAAAGCUACUUUUGGUGGAGCAGAAGGCUGUUAAAAUCGAAGCUCAUCUGGAAGAUGUCUUGAAUGAAAAUCGGGAAAUCGUUCGUUCAUUAUCUUCACUCAAUUCCCGGCUGGAUACGGUGAGCAUGGAUCUCUUCAAAUCCAAGAAGAUCCACGAAAAGGAAGAAGCGGAAUGUGAAAUCGCUCAUCAGCAUACCACGGAUCGAUUGAAAGACGCAGAGAUGUGUGUAUUAAGUCUAGAGCAGGACUUGAAAGAUAUAGGUAAGGAGAUUGAAGAAUGCAAAGAGGAAGUUCUGGAAAAGCAUCGGGAAGCUUUAUCUUGGGAGACCAAGUACAAGAUGUCGGCUGAAGCAAAGAAGUUCAAAGACGAAGAAUCGGCGCAAAACAGCGAAAUUGGAAUAAUGAAAGCGGAAAUCCAUCGCAUGCAGGUUCGGUAUGGGCAGCUAAAGCGUAUGCAGGAGAAAUUGGUUAACGAUUUGGAGAACACUGUUCAUCACCGCGAGCACAUUUUUGAUUCGGUAAAUGCUCGGGAGAAAGUUCACGGGAGCAAGUUCAAAACAAAAUCGACCAUGCAGCACAAAAUGAAUGAGUUGAAGAAUAAAUUGAAGGUGGUUUUCGGAGAGAUUUCCAAUACGGAGAAGAACCUAAUUGAAAUCGAUACUGCACAAAAGUUACUGCAGGCAGAAAUCGAGAACAAGAGGCAUUUGAUCGAGGAAGAGAAAAUUCAAACUUGCUUAAUUAAGUCAGAAGUUGAACAAGCUACGCUACUGAAGCAGGAGAAUUUGGACUACAUAGUGCGUCAUCAGUAUCGCGCCAGGCGUUACCGAGCAUUCGCCAACGCAAAACAACUUCCCAAGUUUCGGAAUGAGAUUCUAAUCCAGGCUGACAUUCAGCGGCAACGUGAGAUAAAUGAGAGCAUUAUGGGAAUCGUGGAGAAUCUUGUAUUAGAUUUCCCCGGGCAGAAGUUUAACCUGUCCAAAAUAUUGCAAUCCUUGAAGUGAAGUAUUGGGAAAUUUUCGGAUUUUUUUUAGUGUGCAUUAUUCGAGUGAGUCUUACAAAGCAAUUAAAUAAAACUUAUAUAUUAUA